AUGGGCUUCUGGAACGACGGCAUCCGGUCCCGCAGCCGCAGCCGCUCACCCUCGCGGCGCUCCAACGCGGGCGGCGGAGGAGGCUACUACGCCUCACGGCCGUCCUACUCACGCAGCGCAUCGUCCUUUUUCUCAUUCGGCGGCAGCAACUACGGACGGUCGUCACGGGGCAACGGACAUUCGUCGCGCGCCCGCCCGCGCUCCGGCUUCGUCAACCGCAUCCGCCAUUUCCUGCGGCAGAUCUACGAGUACAUGCGGCGGCACCCCGUCAAGGUGUUUUUCCUGGUCAUCAUGCCGCUGAUCACCGGCGGCGCGUUGACGAAACUGCUUGCCACGGUGGGCCUGCGCUUGCCCCGGGGCUUGGAGAGUCUGGCGGGUGGGCAGAGGGGCCAGGCCGACCGCUUCUAUGCCAGAGGUGGUGCGCGUGAUUUUCCGGGCGGCUCGGCGCUGCCCGGUAUGGGUGGUGGUGUCAGCGAGAGUCUGGGGUCGAUCAUGAGCAUUGCAAAGAUGUUUAUGUAG